GAUUCCUCCAGAUCAGAUUCCUGCCCCCAGGGCACUGGGCCAGGCAGGGAAAGCUGUUUUAUCUUUAAUGAGGUCACCUGAUCCCAGAGGGCAAGAGCCAGGCCCAGCCAAGUGGCUUAUGAGAUGGGCACUGGUACCCACUGAGCCAUCACCUGCCCUGUGCCCUGGACAGUGCCCCUACAGCCAUGAACCAGGCCUUUUGGAAGACCUACAAGUCAAAGGUGCUGCAGACCCUGGGCGGAGAAUCUGGGGAAGAGCUCUCAGAAGAGACAGGGAGUCCAGUGCUAGCAGAGCAGGAAGAUGUGCAGCUGACACAGGAGGCCAGCAAUCCCAUGUCCCAGCUGGCCAGGAAGGUCCAGGGCGCUGGGGUGAAAGGCUGGAGGACAAUGUCAUCCUUGUUCAACAAAGAAGAUGAGGACAAGUUGCUGCCUUCAGAACCCUGUGCUGACCAUCCCCUGGCAGCACCGCCCCCCACGGAGGAUGCCCCCAAGGGGCCAGGCUUCUGGGAUGCCUUCGCCAGCAGAUGGCAGCAGCAGCAGCAGCAUCACCACCACCAGCCGCCGCAGGAGGCCGAGGCAGCCACGGAGGCCAUGCUCCGGGGUGAAGGGGCAGCCGAGCCAGAGAGGGAGGACGGAGCUGAUGACCGCACCGAGCCUGACCCAGCUGCUGGCUUCAAGUGGGGCUUCCUAACCAACAAACUGGCUGAGAUGCGCAGCAAAGCCAUCCCCAAAGGAGAUUAG